AGAGGAAUGCUAUAAAAAAGGAAGAGCCGGCCAACUUCUUAGUUAAAGCCGCUGCAGGCGCCCGCACACAUCCACGCGCGCCCACGCAACCCUCUUCUCCCUUUCGCGAACUCCCUUCGGAGAGUCCCGAUGGCGCGGCGGUCCUUUCCCACGCCUGGCGCUCCAGCCUUGCUGCUCUGCGCGGUCUUCGCUCUGGUUCCCUCCGACUCAGGGAUUUGUUACCACGAGAAAAAGUAUGCAUUCGUACCGCUGAAACUAAAUGUGAUGUUACGAAUGUGAUAUUUCAGAAUUUAAAAGAUACGUACAUGGCACGCAUAUAUUCUGAAAUACCAUACGAUGAGGAUAAUUUGGAAACGCCUCCAUAUGAACUUUCUUCAGAGUUUGUACCUUACACACAAACUGUGCUUGGAACGCCAACCGUAACACGCUUUGAACAAAAAGAUGAAAUUCUAAAAGUGGAAGUAGCCGAUCCACUAACACCGUAUAGAGUUAACGGUACCUUGCAAACUAUCAGGGACAUAUUCAAAAAUGAUCUGGAAUAUCUGUUACACUACUGGAAGGAUCAGAGCACGGGCAAGCUCUUGAUUGGGACAAAAUCGUCAUAAUAGUAGCUGCUGCUGUCGGAGUCCUCAUUCUGAUUAUUGUUUCAUCCGUGGUGAUAUACAAGUGCAAAAAAGCAAAGCGCAGAUCAUCAGAAAAAGAAUAUAUGCCUCAAAUUUGUAAGGACAAUGACAUGCCCUGAUUGAGCAAAAGGCUCGAUAUGCGUUAAUGUUGCAAUGAUGCCAUGGUGGAGGAGGGAAAAUUCUCUGGAAACAAUAAUAACUGACUCGUCGUUGUACAGACGUUUAUGGUUUCUGUGAAACAUCUGGUUUUAAAACACUAUUUUAAACUCCUGUUUUAACUUCACUGUUAAGACGACGAGAACUGUUUGAAAUAUAUUAACUGACAUAUGAUGAUGAAAUGUUAGGGACGCGGUGGCUCAGUGGCUAAGACGCUGAGCUUGUUGAUCAGAAAGGUCAGCAGUUCAGCGGUUCGA